AUGUGGCUGACCAGAGGCUUUUCUCGCAUCACUGAAACCUUGUCCUCUCUCUUCUGUCGCUCUCACUCUCAAUCCCAUUCUUGCUCUCAAACUAGAGAAAGAACUAGAAGCGCAUUCAACGAAGGUGAGCUUGAAGGCGAGUCCGGGUGGCAGACUUGCCGCCCCCGGCAUUUGACUGAGCGUCGCCUCUCUGGCUUUCAGCCCCCUCCGACCGAGGAGGAAUAUACCAGCUCUUUCUUUCACGGAUGGUACUUGCCCUACAAUGUCAGAGGUCUAAGUCAGGUAGAGCCCGAGCCCGAGCCCGAGCCCGCGCCUGAGGCUGACGUUGAACUCGAAGACCUACCUCGUUACGAGCACCCUCCGGCAUAUACCAACAGAAGUCCGCCAGCCGAAGCCCAUGAAAUAGGGAGCAACAGCCGUAAUGAGUCUCUGGAUGUUACGGAGUGCCGUCCGGCUCCUGGACUGAGCAACGAGCCUGAUACCAUGGCCGUGACCGGACAACCCGACAAUGCUCCUAAUGACAGGCGGGGCCCGACGUGA